AUGAAGAUAGCGGGAGCCUGCGACGCGCACCUACCCCCAAUCGCCAGAGCCGCUGAGGCAGUCCCGCAGGCAUCCCGUCCACACGGGACGGGACAAGCGGAACAAAACCACCUCCGCAGCGCCGAGGUGCGAAGCCCCGACAUCCCCGGAGGAGCGGUGCGCUCCGGCGACCACCGGGUGCCGGGAGCAGGGCAGGGCAGGCGGGGGGCCGGCGGGCAGCCCGGGGCGGCCGGGCCGGCACCGUCCGCCGCCGCCGCCGCGCCCCCCGGGCCGCCGCCGCACCACGACCCGCACUCCGACGAGGACACGCCGACCUCGGACGACCUGGAGCAGUUCGCCAAGCAGUUCAAGCAGCGGCGCAUCAAACUGGGAUUUACCCAAGCGGACGUGGGGCUGGCGCUGGGCACCCUCUACGGCAACGUCUUCUCGCAGACCACCAUCUGCCGCUUCGAGGCCCUGCAGCUCAGCUUCAAGAACAUGUGCAAGCUGAAGCCUUUGUUGAACAAGUGGUUGGAGGAGGCGGACUCCUCCUCGGGCAGCCCCACCAGCAUAGACAAGAUCGCGGCGCAGGGCCGCAAGCGGAAAAAGCGCACCUCCAUCGAGGUGAGCGUCAAGGGCGCGCUGGAGAGCCACUUCCUCAAGUGCCCCAAGCCCUCCGCCCAGGAGAUCACCUCGCUCGCGGACAGCCUACAGCUGGAGAAGGAGGUGGUGAGAGUGUGGUUUUGUAACAGGAGACAGAAAGAGAAGCGCAUGACUCCCCCGGGAGGGACGCUGCCGGGCGCCGAGGACGUGUACGGGGCCAGCAGGGACACGCCGCCGCACCACGGGGUGCAGACCCCCGUGCAGUGAACUCGCGGCGGGGGCGCCCGGCCCCUCCUCCUCCUCUCCUCCUCCUCCUCCUCCUCCUCUCCUUCCCCCAACUUUUGA